AUGAGUUCUCCUUCUCAAGUCGGGCCAUCGACGCCCAGAGAAGAGAAGAAAGAGAAGGGUCUGAGCAAGCUUCUCACUCGUACUAAGACCUUCCUCAAGAGAGAAGGCUCCUCUACUUCUUCCAAGCGCCAGUCAACUCUCUCCACCACUAAGCCAACUGCUCCCGCCAAGGUUGAUGAGACUCCCAAGACGAGCCAAGCCCCUGUUCCCGAGGUUAAGAAAGUGGAAACUAAGACCAAAUAUGAAGGCAUGGAGGGUGUCUCCAAGAUGACGAGGAGCCAGUUGAUAGAGGAGCGUGCUAAGAAACUUGGCGAGCGUUACGGACUUGACAUCAAUGUUUCCGAACUUCAUACUGGAUCCCCCGACGAUACCGUUCUCCGCAUUGACAAGCCGAUUCGCAUGCGUGUACGACGAACCUGCCACAAGUGCAACGCUACCUUUUCUUCUGCCAAGGAGUGCCCCAGCUGCCAGCAUGCUCGCUGCACCAAGUGCACCCGUUACCCUCCAAAGCGAAGCGAAGCCGAAAUCAUUGCCAGUCGCGAGCGACGUGCCGCCAUUAUCAAAGCCAAUAAGGAGAACGCUCCCAUCAUCCCGGACUACUCUUACGCCUUUGACGAAAAGAAGAUUGUUCUCACUCGACCUAGCAAGACGGGAGGCCAGGACUUGGUUCACAAGAAGCCUCGUCAACGUGUGCGAAGAACCUGUCACGAAUGUUCGACUCUGUUCAUCUCCGGUAACAAGACUUGUGAGAAGUGCGGCCAUGUUCGCUGUACUGACUGCCCUCGAGACCCACCCAAGAAGGAGAAAUACCCAUACGGUUACCCUGGUGAUGAAUUUGGUCCAAACAGUGUACCACACUACCAAUGCAAGUCCUGCAAGACGAUAUUCCCAACCGGUGCCGAGAAUGGAACCAAUUGCACGAAAUGUGGCUCGGAGAAAACAGACGAAUCGCCUCGUGUCAAACCCCGCAAAGUCGAGCCUGAACCAGACCCGGAAAUAUUGAAGAAGUUACAGGCACGGCUUGAGAAUCUAAAAGUAGCAUAA